UUCUUGACCUACGUGCAUAGUCGAAAGGCUUGUGGAAUCGCCACAACUCCUCAAUUGACCGAUUAUACGGCUUUUUCCUGUACCCAAAGGGCACUGGGGAAAUUUUUCUAUAUAGGGCAGCGAAUAACAUUUAUUGUCACCGCUGCGCAGCGUUUGCGCGCUUCGCGCGGAUAUCCGGGCUGCAGAUCGUCCAGUUAUUCACGGAUCUGGAUCAUUUAUGACGCAUGUCAUAUGAUCAAACUGCUCCGCAACUGUUUGGCGGCAUACAGGACCAUUGAGGCUGAGGAUAGCACUGUUGACUCGAAAUACUUUGCAGAUCUGCACGACCUUCAACAAAGUAUGGGUCUGAGGUUUGCCAACAAGCUGUCAAAGACCCACUUGAACUUUCACCAGCAGAAGAUGAAGGUGUCGUUAGCUGUGCAAACCUUUUCAUCGUCGGUUGCCAAGGCUUUGGAAAUUGGCCGGAUCUUGGGAUUCCCACAGUGUGAUGGCUCUGAAGCAACUUGCAAGUUCAUCAAGGAAGACGGGCUUCUUAGGUAUGAUUGUCAACAUCCACAGUCUCAUGGGCUUGGUGCAUGACUUGUUAGAAGGUGACACCCCCAUCCAGAAAUACAUCCUGACCUACAAGUUGAGCCAAGACCACCUCGAGUUGUUUUUCAACUCAAUUCGCAGAUGUGGUAAGUUAAUGUAUACUUUACUUUUAAGUACAGACCAAUG